GUAUAAUGCACUGGUGUAUUAAUGUGCAGCUGUGAUGGUGUUUUUACUGCUCUGCUCUAUCUGAGCUCUGACAGUCUGUCCUCCAUAAUAAUAAAACAUCCGGUGACCGGCCUGAUGUUGUUUACUUGCUGGGAAAUUGUUCAAGCGCCUCAAAUCGCCCUAGGGUUAAUCCUCUGAGCAUGCGCAGUGGUGAAACGGAACUGUCCACGUUUCCCAGGGUUACCGUCAACAAGUUCGUUACCCUCGCCAGAGUUGUGUCAGUGUACCCUUAGUUAUAGCAUAAUUAGAACCAUUUAGCUGUGUGGUAUGUAUUCAGAUAGACAAUACUCAUGUAGCAGUCAAACUUGGCAUACUGGCAAUGUAGGUAUAAUGGUAGCAUAGGUUGCUUAGUAGCUAAGCUAACGUUAGCUACCUGUUGCACUGAACUUUAGCAACGCUAGCUAGCAUGCAUAUGUCAAUGAACGCAACCAGAGGAAAGUGUUUGUAGUUUUUUCAGAAUGACAAACCAGGACUUCAGGACACUGGCUUACACGAAAAGCCCGAAAACAUCGAGAAGGACAACAUUUCAGGAUGAACUUCAGGCUGCUGUCUCUGCCAGGGCAAGCAAAGCAAAAACAGACCGAUACUCGUACUCUGAUGACUUCAAUGAAGACGAAGAUGAUUUUUUAAAUGAACUCCUCAAAUCAAGAAAAAAGAAGGCCGGCGCAUUGAAAGCUGGCAAGAGUAAAGCCAAAAUCAACGACUUUGAGAUUUCAGACGAUGAAGGCAAACAUGGCAGGACGAAGAGAGUCUCAUUUCUGAAAACCCAAAGAAUCACUUCUCCCUUGAAAGACACUGCGGGAUCAGAGUCAUCUGAAAACGAGCUGCCUGGCUCUUCAGUCGGUCAACACAACGACUAUAAUAACUCACUUUCCUCACAGCACUCCACAAAUGUCAGUGAAGAUAACAGUCAAUUUAAAAACAGUGAUGUGGGGUCUCCCGAUCCUCAGAUCACAAGAGCGAGCACGAGUAAGUCUCUGUCAUACCAAACAUCAGAGGAUACUCUACUGGACAUGCCUUUGCCUUUACCGUCUGACAAUAGUGUGAUGGAGACUCCAGGUCCUGAGGAUAAGAGUAUCUCUGAUCUGGAAGAAAGCUCCCAGACUCCACAGUUAUCAACAACUGACCUCCAACACGUGUCCUCAACAGAUAGUGCUACAGAGAGGGAGCCACCCAGGCCUAAACCGCGGCAAAGGACUCUAGGAUUGAGCCUUCAUGCUACAGAGAAGAUAGCUGAAGAUGCUGAAUCUCAGGAUGUAAGCAGGCCCCAGACUUCCUCCACAUCCAUUCCCAUCUCCACUGGCACAUCCAGCAACAUAGCUUGGACAGAAGGUGACCACACAGUUUCGUGUAGCCUCAGCAGAUCCUCCUCAAACAAGAGUGAGCAGUCGCAGAUCUUCACCAAGUCUACGAUUGAUUCUGGAUCAAGAGUUGGCUUUAUUUCCGAUGACAGCAGAGAGCAGGAGAGAAAGUACUCCACAUCAUUCGAAGAGUUUAAUCAAGACGCAGAUCAUCUCUCUCAUGCCCACGAAAGCUCAUUUGAUACCAGAACACCAAGUUCUCACUCAAAGACCACUCAGAGAUCUCAGAGUGUGUGCUCCAGGAAAGUGGAAUCAAAGUAUUUGGGAUCUCUCAAAGUUCUGGAUCGUAAAGUCUCUCUACAAGAGUCUCAGCCACAAGCAGCGGAUUCACUCCGAGCGGCCAUUUACCAGGAAUGGCUUCAAAAGAAAAAAGAAAAGUCAAGAGAGAACAUGCAACUGAAGAAGAAAGAGGAAAUCCUAAAAGAAAAAAAGAAAAGGGAAGAAGAAGCUAAAAAGGAAGAUGCUGUUGCAUCAUAUGAGGUUUGGAAAGAAAAGAAAGCAGAAAAUCUCAAAGCCAAAGCCAAAGAAAAGCAAGAUGUGAUCAGAAAAAAGCAAAGAGCGAUUGAAGAGAAAGAAGAAAAAAGGCAAACUGCAAAACAGGUGUUUGAAAAAUGGAAGCGUGAGCAUGAUCAUCUGCUCAAAGAAAGGUACAGAGAGCGAAGAGAAGCUGAGAAUAAAUUCAAGUUAAAAAAGCAAGAAAAGGAGGAAGAGAGGAAGACUGAGAGCAAAUCUGCCUUUUCUAACUGGUGCCAAAAGAAGAAAGAGGUCCUCCAUGAAAAAGUCACGAUGGAGCAUAAAGAAGUCAAGAAUAAAGCAGAAGAAGAACAAUACAUUAAAGAAGAGAGAGACAAAAUGGCUUUAGAGAUGUAUGAAAACUGGCUGGCACGGAAAGAUCUGGAGCAGAAGAGACAGAGAGAAGAGAGGCGAAUACAAGCGAUACUCCAAGACAGUCCACCGCCACCGUGGAGCCCUCCAAAUAAAACUAUACCCUUUAGAAAAUAACACUUGAAAUCUAACAUACCACUGCUAAAAUAUGUGUGGGCUGUAUGUUACAUUUGAAGUGAUGACUUUUGUACUGUAUGCUGUACCAAAAAUGUGUUUUAAACAUAGUUGAUGACAGCUGUUAAAUCUUCUCUAGCCAGCAGCUCUAGUGCAAGCAAGUAUUUUAAGUAUUUUGGUGAAAUGCUGCAAUUUGCUUAGAAAAUGUUGUGUUCCUGUGACAUGGUGACAUGUCAGUAUCAAUUACUUGCAAUCAUAAACCCCUUUUUAUAAAUGUGCCGUCUCUCAUUACCAUGUAAUCCAUCAGAAUGUACAGCAGCAAUAAGAAAAAAUAUUGAUAUCAAAGACUAAUGUAAUUAAACUAGUCGUGUUUAUUUUUGAACUGCUGUUGGCUUCCAUCUAAAGUUAAUUUUUGUCUUCAGAUUACAAGAGGCUCUAAAACAUCACACAGUUUAAGAAACUGUGAGCACCCAGCACCUAUUUUUAUGUUGAACACUUAAUAUUUUUUUGUUUAAUUGAUUGAUUUGUUUGCUAUUAUUUAAAAUACUCAAACCUUUUUUCUAUUUUCAAUGAUUUUCAUUCAUAUUUUUUUCCAUUAUCCAGAACAUUUACAUUUAUUAGAAUAGUUGUCCUUAAGAAUGUGAUGCACCAGCAUAAUAAACUCAUUUCUUCCUGCCAGCAUGAGAGCAACACUUAAAACAAGUUUCAACAGAGAGAGGCAUUUUGGAUUUACGACUUAAACACAAUGAAACCCAAUUGUCUUAAUGAUUGAGUGCUGUUAAGACAUGUGUUUAUGGCAUCCUGUUUGGUCUGCUCCUACUCUGUUAUCCAAUAAAAGACUU